AUGGGAUCCUCAGGUUGUCAUGAGCGUAGGUGUGCUCGGAUCUCAUUUUGGAUAUUGUUAGAGUCCCGAACGGAUAUCGCAUAUCGCGUAUUACCAGGAUCGUGUAGGAUUCGACGGAUCGUAAAACGGAGUCCCGGAUACUCCGGAAAUGCCAACCCUGGGGUUAGGGUUUUAGUAACUGUCCGAUUGUGUGAUCAUGAGCAAUCCGACCGUCCGAUCUGGACCAAACUUGCAGGACAUGUGUCCUAG